UGUUGCAUCACGUUGUUGGAUUGUUUAGAUAAUGUUAAUAUUGUGUUGAUGAUUCGUCAUCAUUUCAUCAUUUGUGGGUGUAGUAACCUGAUGUUGAUAUCGUCGUAUACUGGUGCUAUUUUUCGUUGGUUCGUUUUCGCUUCAAUGGCAUUUCAGUUGCUAAUUGGCAUCAUUUCUGACAUUUUUGCUAUAUUUUUGAAUUGCCAGUAG